ACGAAGGGGGCAGGCUCAACUAAGAAAAUUAUAGUCAUUUGAAUUACUGUAGCGAGAGAGCUCAUGGCUACAAUAAAGCUGAAGAAAAAAAAUGAUACUGACGAUAUGAAUUAGCUGAUGAUUUAGAUGGGGGAAAAGUCGAACCAAGGAGGCAGGCGAAUUUGAUAUAAUCCUACGGGAGGAAGGGCAGUUCGCUGAAACCCUGGUGUGUGUGCUGUGUGUGUGUGUGUUGGGUGUGUGUGUGUUCCAACGCACAAGUAAAAGCCAGAGAGCGGUGGAAGGCUUUGCUAAGCCGAUCAAGGCGGAAUUGUAGACUACAAAACGGGUUCCACGUCCGGUGUAAUACGCACAUUAUUGUGAUUGUGGGGGACGUGAAACAAGGAUGAUGCGCCUGGCCUGCUGCACUGUCCUGCUCUUCGUGCUCCGUCUCCUGGUGGGCCUGCCCUGGUUCCAAGUCCUCCCCUCCAUCCUCAUCUUCUACCUGGGCUCUGGAGGUUGGAAGUUCAUACACAUUUUUGCCAAGACCAUCGGCAGAGACAUACAUGCAGCGGGCGUCCUCAUCAAGGUGAAAUGGAACGUCAAGCGUCACCUGCGGGAACGAAAUACCCUCCCGAAGAUCUUCGCAGAGACCGUGCGUCGCCAUGGGGACAAGACAGCGCUCAUCUUUGAAGGCACCGGCGAGAAGUGGUCCUUCCGGCAGCUGGACGAGUACUCCAACCGCGUGGCCAACCUGCUGCUCCAGAGGGGCUUCGUGGAAGGGGAUGUGGUGGCUCUCUUCAUGGAGAGCCGAUCCCAGUACGUGGGCCUCUGGCUGGGCAUGGCCAAGAUUGGUGUGGAGGCGGCCCUGAUCAACUUCAACCUGAGGCUGGAGGCCUUGGUGCACUGUGUCACCAUUUCCAACGCCAAGGCUGUGGUGUUUGGCAGCGAGCUGACUAAGGCCAUGUGUGAGGUACACAGUUCCAUGGGGAAGACAGUGCAGAUGCUGUGUUCAGGGGACUGGGACCCCAAACAGGUUCCUGUGGGGACAGAGUGCCUGGAGCCUCUUCUGGAUGCUGCCCCCAUCCACCUGCCCAGCCGCCCAGACCGCUGCUUCACAGAUCGUCUGUUCUACAUCUACACAUCUGGGACUACUGGGAUGCCCAAAGCUGCCAUUGUGGUUCACAGCAGGUACUACCGCAUGGCAGCGUUGGUAUACUAUGGCUUCGGGAUGACGUCUGAUGACGUGAUGUACGAUUGCCUUCCACUCUACCACUCUGCAGGUAACAUAGUCGGAGUGGGGCAGUGCCUGAUCCAUGGCAUGACAGUGGUCAUCAAGAAGAAGUUCUCUGCCUCCCGGUUCUGGGAUGACUGUGCCAAGUACAACUGCACGAUUGUCCAGUACAUCGGGGAGAUCUGCCGGUACCUGUUGAACCAGCCAGUAAAGGACAUAGAGCGGCAACACCGGGUCCGCAUGGCGCUGGGUAACGGCCUGCGCCAGUCAAUCUGGGAGGAGUUCACCUCUCGCUUCAACGUGCCACAGAUAGCAGAGUUCUAUGGCGCCACAGAGUGCAACUGCAGCCUAGGCAACUUCGGCAACGGCAACAUGACGGGAGCGUGCGGGUUCAACAGCCAGAUCCUCCCCUUCAUCUACCCCAUCAGACUGGUGAAGGUGGACGAAGAGACUAUGGAGCUCACUAGAGGGCCCGAUGGAGUCUGCAUCCCAUGCAAGCCUGGUGAGCCCGGCCAGUUGGUGGGUAGGAUAAUUCAGAAUGAUCCCCUGAGAAGGUUUGAUGGCUACGUGAAUGAAGGAGCCACCACCAAGAAGAUCGCUAACAAUGUCUUCAAGAAGGGAGACAGUGCCUAUCUGUCAGGCGAUGUCCUCAUCAUGGACCAGUAUGGCUACAUGUACUUUAAGGACCGUACUGGGGACACGUUCCGCUGGAAGGGAGAGAACGUGUCGACCACGGAAGUGGAGGGGACGUUGAGUCGUCUAUUGGACAUGAAGGACGUGGUGGUCUACGGAGUCGAGGUCCCAGGAGCCGAGGGGAAGGCUGGGAUGGCUGCCGUAGCAGAUCCAGAGAGGUCUACAGACCUGGAAAAGUUUGGGAAGGAUCUGGAGAAAGCCCUGCCGCCAUACGCACGACCCGUCUUCCUACGCUUCCUCAACGAGGUCAACAAGACAGGCACCUAUAAGUUCCAGAAGACAGAGAUGCGGCGGGAGGGUUUUGACCCAAGCAUCACGUCAAACAAACUGUACUUCCUUGACCCCAGCAGGGGGCGCUAUGUGGAGCUGCACCAGGAGCUCUACAGCAGCAUCAUCUCAGGGAAGCAGAAACUGUAAAUGUGACAUCUGAUCUGGUCACUCUUUGCCCCCCCCCCCAGCCAAUAUCCCUAAACCAUCCCUAUCCACCUCACACACACACAGAAACACCCCUAUACCUGAAGUCACUCUCCCUCCCCCAGAAAAACUCUAACUCCCACAACCCCCUAUCUGCUCUCUCUAAGCCCACGCCCCUCGUUACCUCAGCAACCAGAAAGGGGCAGCUGGGUCUCAUCUGGAACACAUGACAAGCCAAUCUGACACCCUACCCCAUGAUACACCUAGAGCGACCUUUGCCCUUUGACCCCUGAGGCACUUCCCCCGACCCUUCACACCCCCCACCCCAGAGCUUCACCUGACCAGGACCAAGAGGAGCGCCCGCUGGAAGGACACAACU